GGGCUGGGCAUCUCCAGGGCCUCUCCCUGACCGCCGCCCUCCGCUGUUGGCCCGGCUCACAAGGGCCCCCCACCCAGUACGCGUGUCCAGCUCGGUGCAGAGCAGCGCAGCUCAGAGGCCCUAGGCUCGCCCCGCGCGCGUCCCCGCCCCGCGCGCUCCUACUCCAGUCCGCGCGCGCGCGUGCACACAUACACACGCUAGCUCUCCGGGCAUGCGCAGUGGGCGGCGCCGCUCCGGGCCGCCUCUUGCUGCCGCGAGUAGGAAGCGCGAGCGCCAGGCGCCGGGCUGUCAGUGAGCGUGGGGCCAGCCAGAGAGCGAGAGAGCCGGAGAGAGCCAGAGAGAGCCAGAGAGAGCGGCUCAGCUCCCAGCUCCAAGCAGCGCAGCGCCCGCCCGGCUCUCCCCGGCCACCGCCGCCACCACCGCACCUCAGCACCGCCACCUCGGCCGCCGCCCCCGCCCACCCCGGCCCUCCCCGGCUGCUGCUCCCCGGCGGAGGCAAGAGGUGGUUGGGGGGGACCAUGGCUGACGUUUACCCGGCCAACGACUCCACGGCGUCUCAGGACGUGGCCAACCGCUUCGCCCGCAAAGGGGCGCUGAGGCAGAAGAACGUGCAUGAGGUGAAAGACCACAAAUUCAUCGCCCGCUUCUUCAAGCAACCCACCUUCUGCAGCCACUGCACCGACUUCAUCUGGGGGUUUGGAAAACAAGGCUUCCAGUGCCAAGUUUGCUGUUUUGUGGUUCACAAGAGGUGCCAUGAGUUUGUUACUUUCUCUUGUCCGGGUGCGGAUAAGGGACCUGACACUGAUGACCCCAGAAGCAAGCACAAGUUCAAAAUCCACACCUAUGGAAGCCCUACCUUCUGUGAUCACUGUGGGUCCCUGCUCUACGGACUUAUCCACCAAGGGAUGAAAUGCGACACCUGCGACAUGAAUGUUCACAAGCAGUGCGUGAUCAAUGUCCCCAGCCUCUGCGGAAUGGAUCACACAGAGAAGAGGGGGCGGAUUUACCUGAAGGCAGAGGUCACAGAUGAAAAGCUGCACGUCACCGUACGAGAUGCAAAAAAUCUAAUCCCUAUGGAUCCAAAUGGGCUUUCGGAUCCUUACGUGAAGCUGAAACUUAUUCCUGACCCCAAGAAUGAGAGCAAACAGAAAACCAAAACCAUCCGAUCCACACUGAACCCUCAGUGGAAUGAGUCCUUCACGUUCAAAUUAAAACCUUCAGACAAAGACCGGCGACUGUCCGUAGAAAUCUGGGACUGGGAUCGGACGACACGGAAUGACUUCAUGGGCUCCCUUUCCUUCGGCGUCUCAGAGCUGAUGAAGAUGCCAGCCAGUGGAUGGUACAAGUUGCUCAACCAAGAGGAGGGUGAAUACUACAAUGUGCCCAUUCCAGAAGGAGAUGAAGAAGGCAACGUGGAACUCAGGCAGAAGUUCGAGAAAGCCAAGCUGGGCCCCGCUGGAAACAAAGUCAUCAGCCCUUCAGAAGACAGGAAGCAGCCAUCUAACAACCUGGACAGGGUGAAACUCACAGACUUCAACUUCCUCAUGGUGCUGGGGAAGGGGAGUUUUGGAAAGGUGAUGCUUGCUGACAGGAAGGGAACAGAGGAACUGUACGCCAUCAAAAUCCUGAAGAAGGACGUGGUGAUCCAGGAUGACGACGUGGAGUGCACCAUGGUGGAGAAGCGGGUUCUGGCCCUGCUCGACAAGCCCCCGUUCCUGACACAGCUGCACUCCUGCUUCCAGACAGUGGACCGGCUGUACUUCGUCAUGGAAUACGUCAACGGUGGGGACCUCAUGUACCACAUUCAGCAAGUCGGAAAAUUUAAGGAGCCACAAGCAGUAUUCUAUGCAGCCGAGAUCUCCAUCGGACUGUUCUUUCUUCACAAAAGAGGAAUCAUUUACAGGGAUCUGAAGCUGGACAACGUCAUGCUGGACUCAGAAGGGCAUAUCAAAAUCGCCGACUUCGGGAUGUGCAAGGAACACAUGAUGGACGGGGUCACGACCAGGACCUUCUGUGGGACUCCGGAUUACAUUGCCCCAGAGAUAAUCGCUUACCAGCCAUAUGGAAAGUCUGUGGACUGGUGGGCGUACGGCGUGCUCCUGUAUGAGAUGCUAGCUGGGCAGCCUCCGUUCGAUGGCGAAGACGAAGAUGAACUGUUUCAGUCUAUAAUGGAGCACAAUGUGUCCUACCCCAAAUCCUUGUCCAAGGAAGCUGUCUCCAUCUGCAAAGGGCUUAUGACCAAACACCCUGCCAAGCGGCUGGGCUGCGGGCCCGAGGGGGAAAGGGAUGUCAGAGAGCAUGCCUUCUUUAGGAGGAUCGACUGGGAGAAGUUGGAGAACAGGGAGAUCCAACCGCCAUUCAAGCCCAAAGUGCAAUGUACUGCAGAGGUUCGUGGGUUCACGGCAUUCUCCACACAGCUGUUCCUGAUUCUCGACAUCUCCAAUUCCUCUCCUCUGUCCGUUCUUAUUCUCCAGAAUUUCUGUACCAAAAUGCACUGGCUUCAGUGGGCAUCCAGGCCUUCGUGCGGCAAAGGAGCAGAAAACUUUGACAAGUUCUUCACACGAGGGCAGCCUGUCUUAACACCACCAGAUCAGCUGGUCAUCGCUAACAUAGACCAGUCUGAUUUUGAAGGGUUCUCGUAUGUCAACCCCCAGUUUGUGCACCCAAUCUUGCAAAGUGCAGUAUGAAACUCAGAAACAAAAGAUCUAAUGCCUCCCUAGCCCCCAAUCUCCCCAGCAGUGGGAAGUGAUUCUUAACCAUAAAAUUUUAAGGCUAUAGCCUUGUAUUUUGUUCCACACAGAGGCCUGAAAAUUCUGGGGAUAUUAGUCCAUAAGUGAUCAACUUUCUUCCCCCACCCAAUCCCAAACCAAAAAACAUUAUCUUAGUGGAUGAUGACAUAAUAUACAGAGUAUAGUUUAAUUAUGUAGAAGUCACAUCUGGCUUCAAGUUAAUUCUUUCUAGGAAACAAAGAGACUUGGACCCUAUUUUUUGGUACGAUUUAAUAUAUUCUCCAUACCUUUCAUAUUUUGGAUUUUCACUAUCCAAAUCAACCAGAGAUAAUAAAGUGAACCCACCUGAACUCAAGGGAUGGAAACAUUUCUGCCCAAGAUAUCUUUGGAAUUAAAGAACAGGAAGCCCAAACAGAAAACAAAGAGAGGCAGAGUCUCAUAUAUUCAAGACCUCGUUGCUUCUAUUUUCUGCUUCAAUGGAAACAGUCCCUAGAGUCUGAGAGGGCAGGAUGAACCUGAUCACUGUUCCCAAUCAUCAUAGCACAACCAUAGUGCAUAGUUUGAAAAUGAAAGAAAACUUCAGACAGAUGUUCGUUGAAUCUAUCAUAUGUACUCCCCUGCUCGGUUGAUAACUAUCUCGAUAACUCAUUCUUUUUAAGAGGCCAAAAUCAUCUAAGGACUUUGCUAAACAAACAUGUGAAAUCAUUUCAGAUCAAGGAUAAACCAUGUGUAUGUUCAUUUUAAUCUCUGGGAGAUGACUCUUCAAUCCAGGGUGCCAUCAGUAAUCAUGCCACUGUUCACGAGUGUUGUUAGCCAACCCCCCGCCACAUAAUAAUAUUUUGCUACCUUUGUGGGUACCCUUCCUAGGAAGCUAAAAUGUAUGCCCCAUCCCCUUUUGUACUAUUUAUUUAAUAAGCCGCAGUGUCGUUUAUGAAAGUACAAUGUAUAGUAACUUAAUCAAAGUACUGACUAGCAUCAGUCCCUAUAGGUUGAUUUUCCUCCUUUCUCUAGCCCCACAUCCACUUAGAGAUGAGAAAAAAAAGAGUAUAUUUUGGGUUCCAAUUCCCAGUUCUAAUUGAAUGGCACACAUGGAGCUGUAGGAUCAAGACACUUUAUGCUUAUAUCAACUCAAAGAUGUUUUCUUGCUAGAAGGAUUUUAAUAUGUUUUGCGAGUGCAUCAUGCAAUGGAUUUUGCAUGUUUAUAAUAAACCUUAAUAACAAGUUAAUCUAUAUUAUUGAUAUAAUUGUAUCAAGUAUAAAGAGUAUUAUGAUAAUUUUAUAAGACACAAUUGUGCUAUAUUUGUGAUGCUCAUGUUUCCAGUCUGCUUUAAGAUUAAGUGUUAGCUUUAUUCAUUGCUGCUGGGGCCUCUAUUACCCGCUACCCCACACACUGGCACUCUAUCAGAUAUAUUAAUUUUUUAAUGUAGAUGUAAUUUUAAAAUGAAUGGCUACUUUACACGUUUAACUAGGCUUUUACUAUAUAUGUGUACAUAUGUAUAUAUAUAUAUUUGAUUCUACCUGCAAACCCCGGUUUUGUUUGUGGGGAUUAUUUUUGAGAUGAGACUCUGUUAACUUCUUCAUGUUAUCCUCCGUUCAGGUUCCUCUACCAUCCCUCCCCUUGGGGACAGCUGGAAAUGUUUAAUUCCAGUAUUCCUGAUAUGUUCAUAUAUAUGUGGCAUUGUUACAGCACCUGGGCUGAAUUCCGUGUGUGUGUGUGUGUGUGUGUGUGUGUGUGUGUGUGUGUGUGUGUGUGUGUCUGUGUGUCUGUCUGUCUGUUUCUGUCUGUUUCUGUCUGUUUCUGUCUGUCUGUCUGAUUCUUUUCAGCCUAUGUCUUUGGGGUCUCUACUGAUGAAAGGGUGGGAGGAUUCCUUUCUGAGUGUGCAUAUGGACACAACAAAAAUAUGUAGUCUGUCUUUCUGCCCCAGAAUAACUCACUGUAUACUCCAGAAGACACAAAAUCCUUGAGACAAACUUUAUUCCCAGCCUGUGUAGAGCCAUCUCUGAAGCUGUUAUCAACAGACUCUUUUCAGAGGCACGUACUGUCUUAAAGUUGUUCCUAGAACAUUCCGGUCUUUGAAGAGCAUGUCUUUGGCCAAAUGCCUCCCAAUACAAGGUGUUUAGAAGAGGCAGGCUUCUGCAGUAUAAAGGACAAGUGAAAAUGGAAGUUCCCACAGUCCUUAAAGAAGGCACCUCUCCCGAAAGUAUCUAACAGCUAAGCUCUCCUCUUUGUUGUUCUCCACCUAUCUGCUUGACAGUCACAUACCCUGCAACCCACCAAGAGUCUUUGAGAUACGGAGCAUAGGCCAUUCUGAGAACCCCUAAUCAGAAGGAGAUAUGGAGUGGAGAGUGGGCCAAAUCAGAAAAGAGCAGUCUCUUCUGCAAUAGUUCAUGAAUUCUGGAUGUCAGACCUCAAAAAGCAGGGGAGGGCGUCAUGUAUCAAUCCUAGAAGUCAAGCCAUCAUUUUGGCAACCCAGCCUUAUCACAAACACUAUACUUGGUCAGCAGUAAAGGAACUGACUUAUAGAUGAGACUUGGAAGUAAAAGUCUUGCUCUUCCCAGGUGGGGCAGCAACAGGAAGCAGAAACUCUCAAAGAGAGGGAAGCCACAGAGAAGGAGCACAGGGUUUGUAGACAAUCCAUCCUGAGGUUUCUAGCUGCCUGAUUGUCUCACACCAUUAGCAGGCUUGAGUUCUUCCUUAAACCGCCAGCAUACAGCUCCAAGUGAUUCAACUUCUCUAGAAAAUAUGUGUGAUCCCUUGAUUGGCUUGUACGCUUAGAGAAUAUCAACCAACAUUCUCAACGGGAGGAGGGAAAUAACAGAGCCACAGACCAGAAUUUGCCUAAGGAACAGAACACUGGAGAACAAACUUAAGAGAAGUGACAAAAAUUUAAGCAAGUGUUCACGAUGCCGCCUAUGCUGUACACUUUAAAGAGCUGAGAAGCAGAGACAAUUUUUGCUACAAAACUCUUGUGGAUAACCAUUAGCAGCUGUUAGGCAGGAUCAAUUGAUAAUAUUCUACAUCAUUGUCCCAUUUCACAGACAUUGUGUGAAAUGGUGCUACAGGGAAACGAAUGCCAUUUGAACUGAAGCACCCAGAGGCCAGAAUGAGGAGGAUGCCUUGAAGGGUUUAAUCCCAGGAUGGGGGCUGGGGGGUGGACUAUUUAGAAAGCAUCUGCUCUCAGACUCUGCCUGCAUUGGCAGGGCCUGGGGAGGAGAACCUAGCACAAUCCAAGUCUCCACAGGACCCAUCUGGCUGUGACCCAGAAAAUCCACUGAAAUUGCUUCGUAUUAUAUUCCCCUGGAAGGUGGCCAUUGCUCAGUGGCAGCUCUUCCCUCUUCCACCACAGGCCAGUGGGCUGCCAGCUUUACCUUCGGCGUGGCAUCUAAAGUCACCUGGUGCUUGGGUUGAAUGGAAAGAGCUGGAGUAUGCUGCCAGGUGCAGCCCUGGGAGUUAAUGGGAGGCUCACCUACAGGCAGGAGCUAAUUCAGAAGGUAGAUGAGCCCCAGGAGCUAAACUAAUUGCCCCUCACCCUCUCACCACUGUGGCCUAGUUUGAGCUGGUAGCCUUUUCUUUAGUCCUUUUUAUUAGCAAUUUGAGAAACUGAGGAGGCCAAGAGUUUUCUGGAAGCUUGGUUCAUGUGAAAGAUUACCAGAGGCCAGUAUUAACCCUCAAGCGCUGUUGCUCACAAGCUCUAGUUCUUAGCAAAACAAGGUGGCGCGCUAACCCCAAAAGAGCCGCCCAUUUAUGUAUUACAAAGAGGAGGAAGCAGAAGUCAACACCAUUAAAGAGCAGGGUUUGAGUGCACCCAGAAAGACACAGAAGGUUGGCAGAGAGGCUGUGGUAUCUGCAUGGGCUUUCCACUGGGGGUCAUUGGUGCAAGUGUAAGUUACUGUCAGCCUUCAAAUGUGUGGGUUCUUUGUCAGAUACAAUCUGUUGUUCCUUCUCAGACCCUCCCAACUGUAAGAAGUUCUUUGCCCUGUACAGAGCCAGGCCAUCCAGCAGACCCUGGGAGCACUAAGUUCCAUCUAUAUCCCUCUGAUAAUUACAGUUGCUGAGAAUAGGUCCAGACGUCAUAAAAACAACCAACAGUGACCUGCCAGCUUUUGCUUAGCAGAAAAAAAAAUAGGAAGGGUUUGUGCAGAGCUUUAUUUUCUCAAAUACCUCUGCAAGGCAACACCACCUGACAGUCAUUUUCUCACCUUGGUCUCAUGAAAUCACCUACUUCUCUUGUGUACAUGUCACACUGUUUCCUGUUUGUUUACAACCCCAGAAGCGCAGGGGUACCUGUCCCCACACCACGUCUGAGCACAUCAAACAACCAUGCUCAGGAGAUACGUGCUGAGCCAGGGACCUGAAAGGAUGCUAACCAUGAAAGAGAGGGGACAAUAGCAAGAAAGGAGAUGGAUCCUCUGAUUAGCAAUGGGUCCACACUGAUAUGACAGAGUGUUAGGAGACUGGUUUUAAAAUUGUUUUUCCAUGAACUGCUGUUAACAAACUAUGCUGGACAGUCAACACCCCUGCCACAUCUCAUUGGGCCAGUGCAGCAAAUCUAGAAAAAGCUGUUACUUUCUCCUGUCAGAGUAAUCCAGAGAAUCAGGGAAGGAUGCUUGAGGCAUGCACAGAUGCAGUGUUCUAGAAACGGUGUCUACCACUGCCCCAGUGACACUACAGUAAUGAUUAAAAAGCGUGGAUGGCUCAGCAUUCUGUACCCCUCAUUCAUGUGGUCAGGUGUCAGUCAAUAAACACAAAAGACACACCAAGUCAUUAAACAGCCUUACUGUGACCCUCCCCCGGAAGCCCACAAGUUCCAAAGACUUUUUUUUAACCUAAAACAAGUAAUUAUUAACUCCAUUAGAAGACCUGAGUAUCCUGGGCUAUUUGUACUUUUUUAUAGAGGACUUUAAUAACAAUUCUUUUCAAGUGAGUUUUUAAAAUAGUAAAAAUUUCAUAAAAUUCCAAUACCAUGGAGCCUAUAGGAGGUUUUCACCCAGGUUGGAUAGAGUACCCAUGAUCUGAAUCCCCACGGCAGGAUUUUUCCAUGCCAGUGAGGUCUGGAGUCCACAUUGGAUUGGCUGCCGGACGGUAUUCUCUUUCUUAGUAGAUGCUAAAGAUAGCUGCCUAAGGUUUAGCUCUCUUUCAACUGUAGGGAUGAUGGCUUUAUACCCCCCAUUCCUGACACAGCCCUAGGAAAGCAUUCUUGGGGAGCUAGAGGAGCCCACUCUAUACUGUAAGAGUCAGAGCAAGAAGGGGGUGCUUCUUCAACUCUGUCUCAAGUUGCUUCUGGCCCCUCAGUCUCUCACACUGGAUAAACAUUGAGAGAUGCUCUGUAAGGAUUAUGCCCAUUGGGCAAAUUAAAACCUACUCUCCCAAGAAGAGGCAGCAUCAAGUAUGCCGGAGGCAUCAGCUUCCAUUUCCAUGGAUGUGCGUAGACAGAACCCUACUUUUGAGAAAACACCCAUCCAGCCCACUUUGUAAGAACCCCUUUUUUCUAAACUAUGACAAAAGGUGGCUUUGCACUUUCUGAUUAAACAACACUGUCUUUUGUCUCCUGCUUAAUUUUAAGACUAUUCUGUGAUCAAUGUUUGUAGAUUUUUGUUAAUAUUUUGCCUGGAAAAAUGUGACUCUCUCCUUGGGAGGUUUAGUAAACUAUUAAAAGUUAUACAUGAAGGUGGUUACUAUUUUGAGGCUAAAGGUUUUUCUAAGAAUCAACCUCCUAUCCUGACUAUGACGGUUUUUCAGAAUACCUUUUAUAGAUGAUCAGAUGCGUUUGGAGUUGCGUUUCCUACAUGAAUUCUGUUUUGUUUUAUGAAGGACACGCCGUGUUUAAAUCUCUUAUUGAAAAAAAAAUCAUGCAAAACCCCAAAUUGGUUUGGAGGAAGGAGUGAAGGUUGAAGCUGUUGCCUGAACAGGCCUUUACUGAUAAGCCAGGGGCUGUUCCGCUGCUUGUUUGGUUACCUAGCAGGUGAGGUAGAUAUGUAAAUUAGCGCCUAGCUUUUUUGGAUUUGUGUAACCUCUACUCUUCGUUUGCAUGAUUCGCUCUGUUAGAUGCAUUCAUUGUAGUUCGGAAGCAAGCGUGUAUGAAUAAAGAUACUGAUCACUGCUGA